AUGACACCUUUCAUGAGCAUCGCCUUAUUUGUUGCCCUGUUCUUGCUCAACUCAGAUCGCAUUCAGAAAGCCAUUGAGAUAUGCAGCGAAUGUUUGAUUUUGCUAAAUAGCACCGAUCAAAACAGCAAAGACCAAUUUGAUUCAGUACUGCUACAAUUUUACAGCGACAUCUAUACCGUUCUUUUCAGCGCUUAUCGUCAUAUCUCUGACGACAUAAGUGCGGAAAGAUACGGGAGGAAACUGUUUGACUUAUACAGCGAGUCUGGAAUUAUGCUUUAUAAAUUUGGUGAAAACCUAAGAGCGAAAGAAUAUGUUGGGAGGGCCCUUGCCAUAACAACAGAAAUUGGCGACAGAAGCGGAGAAGCAUCCUGUUACGGAAACCUAGGUGCUGUGUUUCAGUCGCUUGGCCAAUACGACAAGGCUAAAGAGUAUCUCCAAAAAGCGCUUGUCAUCACAAAUGAAAUUGGCGACAAGAAAGGGGAAGCAAUAUGUUAUGGAAACCUAGGUACUGUGUUUCAGUCGCUUGGCCAAUACGACAAGGCUAAAGAGUAUCACCAAAAAGCGCUUGUCAUCAGAACUGAAAUUGGCGACAGGGAAGGGGAGGCAACUGACUACGGAAACCUAGGUACUGUGUUUCAGUCGCUUGGCCAAUACGACAAGGCUAAAGAGUAUCACCAAAAAGCGCUUGUCAUCACAACUGAAAUUGGCGACAAGAAAGGGGAAGCAAUAUGUUAUGAAAACCUAGGUACUGUGUUUCAGUCGCUUGGCCAAUACGACAAGGCUAAAGAGUAUCUCCAAAAAGCGCUUGUCAUUACAAAUGAAAUUAGCGACAAGAAAGGGGAAGCAUCAUGUUAUGGAAACCUAGGUACUGUGUUUCAGUCGCUUGGCCAAUACGACAAGGCUAAAGAGUAUCACCAAAAAGCGCUUCUCAUCAGAACUGAAAUUGGCGACAGAGAAGGGGAGGCAACUGACUACGGAAACCUAGGUACUGUGUUUCAGUCGCUUGGCCAAUACGACAAGGCUAAAGAGUAUCUCCAAAAAGCGCUUGUCAUCAGAACUGAAAUUGGCGACAGAGAAGGGGAGGCAACUGACUACGGAAACCUAGGUACUGUGUUUCAGUCGCUUGGCCAAUACGACAAGGCUAAAGAGUAUCACCAAAAAGCGCUUGUCAUCAGAACUGAAAUUGGCGACAAGAAAGGGGAAGCAAUAUGUUAUGGAAACCUAGGUACUGUGUUUCAGUCGCUUGGCCAAUACGACAAGGCUAAAGAGUAUCUCCAAAAAGCGCUUGUCAUUACAAAUGAAAUUAGCGACAAGAAAGGGGAAGCAUCAUGUUAUGGAAACCUAGGUACUGUGUUUCAGUCGCUUGGCCAAUACGACAAGGCUAAAGAGUAUCACCAAAAAGCGCUUGUCAUCAGAACUGAAAUUGGCGACAGAGAAGGGGAGGCAACUGACUACGGAAACCUAGGUACUGUGUUUCAGUCGCUUGGCCAAUACGACAAGGCUAAAGAGUAUCACCAAAAAGCGCUUGUCAUCAGAACUGAAAUUGGCGACAGAGAAGGGGAGGCAACUGACUACGGAAACCUAGGUACUGUGUUUCAGGCGCUUGGCCAAUAUGACAAGGCUAAAGAGUAUCUCCAAAAAGAACUUGUCAUCACAACUGAAAUCAACGACAAGAAAGGGGAAGCAUCAUGUUAUGGAAACCUAGGUACUGUGUUUCAGUCGCUUGGCCAAUACGACAAGGCUAAAGAGUAUCUCCAAAAAGCGCUUGUCAUCAGAACUGAAAUUGGCGACAGAGGAGGGGAGGCAACUGACUACGGAAACCUAGGUACUGUGUUUCAGUCGCUUGGCCAAUACGACAAGGCUAAAGAGUAUCACCAAAAAGCGCUUGUCAUCAGAACUGAAAUUGGCGACAGAGGAGGGGAGGCAACUGACUACGGAAACCUAGGUACUGUGUUUCAGUCGCUUGGCCAAUACGACAAGGCUAAAGAGUAUCACCAAAAAGCGCUUGUCAUCACAACUGAAAUCGGCGACAAGGAAAGGGAAGCAUCAUGUUAUGGAAACCUAGGUACUGUGUUUAAGUCGCUUGGCCAAUACGACAAGGCUAAACAGUAUCUUCAAAAAGCGCUUGUCAUCACAACUGAAAUUGGUGAUAAGGAAGGGGAAGCAGCACAUCUUGCAAACCUUGGAGAAGUGUCUAGAACUGUUGGUAAUUAUGAAGCUUCGGAAGUAUGUUUGGAGAAAGCUCUAUUCAUAUCCAGAGAUAUUGGAGCUGGAAGAAGAGAGUUCGAAAUCCUUCGAGGCUACGCCAUUUUGUAUUUAUUUCAAAAAAAAACCAAAGACUCUCUGUCGUGUCUUCAUCUGUGCAUUGAAAAGUAUGAGGAGCUGAGAUAUUUUUUGGGCGCCAAUGAUGAGUUCAAAACAUCAUUGCUGGAGCACUCAGGAAUAUUUCCCUACAAGCUGCUUUGUGCUUUGCUCUGUGACACCGGAAAUGCUCAGGAUGCUCUCUAUGUUGAGGAGUUGGGUCGAGCUAGAGGCCUAUCAGACUUAAUGGCAGAGAAGUACUCGGUUGAAACGCACAUCUUUGCUAAUCCACAAUCUUGGUUUGGCAUUGAGAACAUUUUAAGAAAGAAAAAUAACUGUACUUGUCUGUACAUUUCUUAUUCUCAGAAUCUUCUGCAUUUGUGGAUCUUGAAAACAAGUGAAGUCCUUCACUUUAGAAGAAUAUCAGUAGAAGAGAAUCUAGUUCAGGCUGGGUUGCCCAAAUAUUUGUCUUUGAGUCAAUUUUUGGAUGGUAAUUUCCGGGGUCUUGGUAUUUUGCCUACUAAAGAUUGUGAAGAUCGGUCUUUAAAUACGAUUAGAGUGCAACCUCUCUCCCCCGCACAAAAGAGCUCAGGAAGAUUGCGACUCGUCGAGGAGGACGAGGAUAAGGAAGUCAUUUCAAGUCUAUCUUUGUGUUACAAAAUGUUUAUUGCUCCCGUUUAUGAUUUGCUGGAGGGGCCUGAAGUCAUCAUCGUUCCUGACCGCAGUUUGUACAAAGUUCCAUUUGCUGCGCUGAGUGAAAAGGAGGGAGCCGAAUACCUCUCGGAGACUCAUAGGAUCCGUCUCAUUCCUUCUUUGACAACACUCAAGAUUAUUCAAGAUAGUCCAGAGGGCUAUCACAGUAACACUGGUGCCUUGAUAAUAGGCAAUCCCAAGGUUAAUUGGCUGCCGUCAUUGCCAUUUGCAAGAAAGGAAGCGGAGAUGGUUGGACGACUGAUGCGUGUUCCGCCUCUGGUAGAAGAGAAAGCAACGAAGCAGGCGGUGCUUGAGCGGAUAGGUUCAGUGAGCCUGAUACAUUUUGCUGCCCAUGGUAACGCACAAAGAGGAGAAAUUGCCCUCUCCCCCAUUCCUAUUCCCAACAGUCAAAAUGCUAUCCCACCACAGGAAGCUUACAUGUUGACGAUGGCUGAUGUCUCACGAGUGAAAGUCAGAGCUAAACUGGUGGUACUUAGCUGCUGUCAUAGUGGAAGAGGUGAGAUAACAGCCGAGGGAGUUAUAGGAAUUGCCCGUGCGUUCUUAGGAUCUGGUGCUCGCUCGGUGUUAGUUGCACUGUGGGCCAUUCCAGACUUAGCAACGGAGCAGCUGAUGAAUCGGUUCUACAAACACCUUGUUGAAGGAGAAAGUGCCAGUGAAUCCCUUCAUCAGGCCAUGAAGUGGAUGAGAAAAAACGGCAGGAACAAAAUGUCUGAGUGGGCUUCGUUUACGCUGAUUGGAGAUGAUGUGAGGCUCGAGUUUGACAAGCAGAGGUAAGACUCGGUGAGAACAGGUAUUUCAUAAAUGAAAGCUAAAUUAGAUGUGAAGGUGGCUAUGACUUACUGGUCUCUGACUUUCGGCGGGAAUCCCUUGUCACCUUGAAUACCAAGGCUGGUUUUAUACCAUUUUUUUUGGUUUCUUUCAAAUAGUAAUAACUGAUUCUCCCAGUUAGCUGUAAAAUAUAGAAUCUUGAAAGCGCCUUUCUGCCAAUCAGAUACAAAUGCACAUUUGCCUAUAUAUUAAUAUAUUGCGCCUGGUAUAACUGUUUAUUUAUAAUUGUUUUUUUUUACUUUUGUUGUAGGAAAGAGGAUGAGAAUAUCUCGAAGGAAACAGACCUUAGAGACUUUUAA